UUGACCAAGGGAUCUCUCAUUUUCUUUCUCCGAAGACACGCGCUUUUCUCUCUCUCUCUCUCUCUCUCUACAGUCGAACUGCUUCUCUUUCUCUAAGAUCUCUCUCAGAGAUCAUCGUCCUUGCCCAACCAUCAAUCUGAUUUCGGUAUGCUCUCGGACCCUUGGCGAUUCCGAUCUAAUUCAGGCGAGUUCAAAGCCCUAGCAUCGCGCUAUUGAAGCCUUUAGCUUCAGCAGGAAAAAUGGCCGAGUUAAAAGGAAAAGGUCGGCGGGUACGGAAAGACAAGGAAACGGAAAAUGUUUUAGAUGACCGACAUGAGUUUCCUCGCGAAAUUACCGAAGGACUAUAUCCUCAUCAGGCUGAUGGAGUACGUUGGUUAUGGAAACUUCAUUGUACGGGCAGCGGAGGCAUCGUAGCUGAUGAUAUGGGUCUAGGAAAGACCAGAAUGAUAUGUUGCCAUAUCAAGGGACUAUUUAAUUGUAACAUGGCAAAGUGGGCAAUGGUGGUGGUGCCAAAAUCCCUUGUACCUCAUUGGAUUAAAGAGUUUUCAAGUGUGGAUUUUAGAGAGACAGUUAACCAGUAUUCUGGAAGUAUGCAUUGUAGAAAUCUCAAAGCCGUCAUUCAGGGCAAAGGUGUUAUUGUGACAACAUACACCUGUAUAAUAUAUAAUGCAGAAGCUUUGAGCAAAGUAAAAUGGGAUUGCCUGUUUCUUGAUGAGGCGCAUGAGGUUAAGAAUAUCAAGUCAGCAAAGGCGACAAGAUUGCUUGAAAUUCCUUGUGAUAUCCGCACGGCUGUCACUGGCACACCAAUCCAAAACAAUCUGAAUGAAUUAUGGUGCCUUUUCAAGAUUUGUCGUCCGAAGCUAUUUGGUGACUGGCAGACCUUUAGGGGCGAAUAUGUCAGAUACAUCUCUCGUGGACUGGAUAAAAAUGCCACAAAUCCUGAGAAGCGUUUGGGUAUUAAGGUUGCAACGGAAUUGAGGGAGACAAUUAAACCAUAUUUUCUACGUCGCAUGAAAAGCGAUGUAUUUUGCAAGGACAAAAUCCCAAAUGCUCCAGAGAAACACGACAUUAUCGUUUGGCUAAGAUUGACUACCUGCCAGCGUAAAAUGUAUCGAUGCUUUUUGGAAAGAAUGCACCAUUCGAAGCUUGGGGGCUCCCCGUUGGCUGCAAUGACUGUUAUGAUCGACAUAUGCAAUCAUCCAGACAUGCUGAAAGACUAUGAUGAAGCUGAUGUAUCUGAGCGGUUGACUAAUGCAGCUGAAUUUGUAGAAGAACUAGGGGUUGUGGAAAACACGAAGGCCCAAAAAUCUAGAUCUCCUAAAAGCAAGGAUGACAAAAAAUCUCCUGGAAAAAUGAUGGCCAAACACAUAAAUCAUGUUUGUCAAAAGUUGAACUGCGAAAAAAAGAAUGAGAAUGAUUCGUGCAAGCUAUCAUUCAUCUUAUCUUUGUUGGAUGCAUUAAUUCCCGAGGGGCAUAAUGUUCUUGUGUUUUCUCAGUCCCUGAAGAUGCUAAAUUUCAUUCAGGAGUCACUAGUAUCCAAGCCAUAUGAUUUCGCUCGUAUUGAUGGUCAGGUUAAACCAGAGGACCGAACAAAAAUUGUGGACGAUUUUCAACAUGGGAUUGGUGGUCCCAUCUUGUUGUUGUCGAGCAAAGUUGGUGGCUUGGGCCUAACACUAACAAAGGCAGAUAGGGUCAUUAUCGUGGACCCAGCUUGGAAUCCGAGUGUUGAUAAUCAAAGCGUUGAUCGAGCCUAUCGGAUUGGGCAAGAAAAUGAUGUUGUUGUAUAUAGAUUGGUGACAUGUGGGACAGUUGAGGAGAAGAUGUACCAGAAACAGGUACUAAAGGCCGGAUUAUUUAAAGCCACAACUGAAAAGAAACACAAUGUUCGGUACUUUAGUCAAAUGGAGUCCCAAGAGGUUUUCAAGCCCCCCAAACUGGGGUAUGAUUUUUCUGAUACUCAGCGGCGGUUGCAUAGCGAUGACGGCAAUCCGAAAUCAAUCGAUGAAAAUUUGAAAAAUCAUGUAGAGUUCCUGAAAACACUGAAUAUAGCUGGAGUGAGCUAUCAUAGUCUGUUGUAUUCCAAGAUAGCACCUACUCUAAUGGGAGAAGAAGAGCCUGAAAGGCUAAAAACAGCUAUUAGGAAUAAAAAGUCAACUUAUAAUGGCGAAGCUGACUGGGCUGUGCAUGCAAAGAAUCCGAAGGAUUGGAAGUCGUCUCUUGAUAACCUCCAGGACAAUAAUAAGGAAGGGAGCAGGUUGAAGGAGCUAAUUGAGCAGAGGGAUGCGCUCGAAGAUGAAAUGAAACAAUACCAGAAACUUCUUGCAAAUAAGGAUUUGGUCAGGACAACAGACGCAAAGAAAAGUAUUGUUGAUAAGAUUCGUGAACUCUUGAUGCAGCUUGGUGGUAUUCAGGGUGCUAUAGAAUAUAUCAAGGGCAAGUCCAAGUGCGACCUACAUACUUCAUUAAGAAAAAAGAUGGAUAAUGGACAGUCGUGAUGAACAUACGAAGGAGCGCCUUGAUGCAAUAUGUGAUGCGUUCAAGCUAUACCGUUGUCCCUGCAAAACAAUUUUUUUUUGGCAGAUUAGUAUUUUACAAAAUUUUGCCGUAAUUGUAUUUGGUUAAUUUCAGAUAUUUCUUGUUCUUAAAAACGUUUGGGAUGUAUAUGUAUGUAUAUAUAGACUGAUUGGCUUGGAAUCAGUUUACAAGAACAAGUACUUGAACGGCGGCAGAUCAGCAGUUACCAUUCCUGGCGGCCUCGGUUAGGUUGGAGCCAUUUGAUUGAGAUCAUAUAUCCUUGUCCUGUUUCUUUUUUUGUUGCUCUACAUUUCUCUCAUUUUUGUUUUCCUAUUGGGUCUACAAUGAACUUCCCUGGUUUGGCCUAAUUACAACUAAACAAGCGGUUUGACAUUUUUUGGCAAGGAUUCCCAAUGUCCAAUUUUAUGGGUGAAUUUACUCAUCUACCCUUAUUAUUAUAUUUAAAAAAUGUUCAUAAAUAUCUAAAAAUAACAAUUGACUGUUUUGCCCACUAACAGUUACCCAAUAAAAUAUUUAUAUAUUUUUUCAUUUUCUCACUGUUCCUCCUUCCUCUCCAUCACCAGUAUCCUCCACACCGCCAUCACCUUCUCCCCCCACAUCCCAAUAGAAUCAUGUAUGCAGUCCGUUUAGUUGCUCUCUGGUGUGUAGGAAGUAAUAUACGUGACUUCUAUUUUAGUCGUUGGAUUAUUUUCAAUGACUGAAAUUGAAAAUAAUUAUUUUAGUUGUUUUUGGUUUUUUAGGACUCUAAAAUAACUCAAUUUGAGUGUUUUAAAUAAAAUAAAAUACCUUAUAAUAAAGAGGUAUUAGUAAUGAAAAAAUUAAAUAAAUAUUUCUACCAAAAUC